AUGAAUCGUGCUCACAAUGAUCAUAUUUUGGCAGAAAAAACAAUGAAUACAUAUCCUAACGCCGAUAAAACUACAAAAAAUACGACAACAACAACUAAAAGAGCGCCAUUAACAAAAGCAUACAGUUGUUCGGAUGCAUCACCAUCACAUUCAACUGAGAAUUGUGCAUUUAUAACUCCGAGAGAAUUUGUUGAAUUAGUUUUUCAAAAUUCAAAUUCACAAAAAAUGCCUAUACUUGAUUGUCGUUCUCAAAUGGAUUUCGGUAGUGAACGUAUACGUUCAUCACAUAAUAUAAAUUGUCGAACGAAAAUUAUGGCAAGAAAAUUAACAUCAAAACGUUUAGAAGAUGUUGAACCGAAUUUAUCAUCAUCAUUAUGUAAUUCUGAUACGGUUAUUCUAUAUGAUCAAUCAACAGAUGUACGAGCAGAAGAAAAAAUGCAUUCCCUUCCUAUUAAUCUUGUUGUACAAGCAGCACAAAAAUCAAAUAAAAAAGUUCAAAUUAUUCAAGGAGGACUAGAUGCUGUUAAAACAGAAUAUCCAGAUUUAAUUGAAUGUCCAACAGAAACAUUCAAAGAUAAAUUCGAACAAGAUCUUAUUCCCCCACCACCAAGUCCCGAUGCAAUUGAUAAAGAAAAUGUUGUUAUGACAGAAAUUUUACCACAUAUAUUUGUUGGUAAUGCUUUGGAUGCACAGAGUCAAGAACGUUUAACUCAGAAUGGUAUAACACAUAUUGUUAAUUGUACACCUGAUUUACCUUUUUACUGGGAAAAAAAAUAUGAAUAUAUGCGUAUAGGUGCACUUGAUUCUCCAUCACAAAAUCUUCGAAAACAUUUCGAUGAUUUCAUAGAAUUUAUUGAUAAUGCUUUACGUGUAAAAACUAAUAAUGUUCUAGUUCAUUGUUCGGCUGGUAUUAGUCGUAGUCCAACACUAGUACUUGCUUAUAUGAUGAAAAAGAAUCGUUGGACAUUAGAUGAAGCAUUCGAUAAAAUGCGUAAAUUACGUCAAAUAGUUGAUCCCAAUGUAAGUUUUAUUAUUCAACUAAGAGAAUGGGAAAAAAAUACUACACCAACCGUAACAACAACAACAACAACAACAACAGACAUGAAUGAUGAUAAUUCAGGGACAAAUAACAAUAAUAACACAAGGUCAGCAUCAAAUACAUAUUGUGGAUCAACUUCAAAAAAUAAAACAGAUAAAAAAACAUGUGCUGAUUCUGUUAUUAUUGUUAGUUGA